UAGCAGUUCACCUGCAAUUUUGCAGAACAUCAGUCUGAAUAUUCAGGCACUGCUUUAAAGAGAUGUUCCUUGCAUUGUUCCUGUUUGCUUUCUCAGAAUAUGGAAGUACAGAAGAGGCUACAAGUCCAGGAAGAUUUAAUGGAAAACUUGGUUCAUCAAUGGUAUUAUACCCUUCAACACCAAACAAAGAUUUUUCUGAAGCAACCUGGAAUAAAGGAAGUAAACGUGUGGGGAGUUUUAAAAAUAAUGUCUCUCAACCUUCAGAUCUUUAUACAUACAGGGCUACAAUUUUCAUGAAUGGAUCCCUCCAACUCAACUACACACAAAGAGAAGACUCUGGAGUUUACUCUGUGGAAUUACAUGACAAAAGUGGAAAAAUAGUUCACAAAGCUAACAUCACAUUGGAAAUAAUGGCCCCUGUCUCACAGCCUGUGGUAAAACACACUUGUCUUCCUCAUGGGGAGGUGAUAGUUACCUGUUGGGCAGAGGAGGGUGAUCGUCCUUCAUAUACCUGGGCUUUAGAUGGAAAGGCUUUGAAUGAAAGUGUGGCAUACCUCAGUGAUGAAGACAACAUUAUCAUACUGAAGCAAUCAGUCUCUGGAAAUCUUGUCUGUACUGCUAGAAAUGGAAUAAGUGAGAAUUAUACUAGUCAUGUGAUUUCUGCGUGUUCAGGUUUUGUAACGCCUUUAAACUGCACCAUAAAUGAUACAGAAAUUCCAGCAUUCAUGAACACAAAUAAAGAAGACCUAGAUGUCUUGAAAGAUAAAAGAGUGCUUAUCAGUUUAGGAGGGAAAGAAACUUUAAGUAUCAUAUGCCAAAUCAAAACUCUUUAUCAAGAUUCCAAGGAAACCUUAGCAUAUAAGUUUUAUGCUCAUCUGGCAUUGGGAGAGGUCAUUGUCAUCUUUGUUAUGUUUGUGGUGAUUUUCUGCCUGCUGCACCAGAAAACCAAAAAUGAUGGGAAACAGAAUGAUGAAGGCCAUGAGCUGGUUCAUACUGAGAUGACAGUGGACAGAAGAAAAGCGACACCUGUUUCUGAUGAUGGUGUGGUUUACAGCCAAAUAAGAGUGUCAAAAGAGACUGAACAGAAUACACGCACAAGUAAAGGGGAUGUGGUUUUGGUGUAUGCUACAGUUAAAAAAAAACAAAAAACAUCACAAGUCAGAUAAAAAAUAUAUGUCACUUGCAGCUGCCCUUAGAGUCAUCCAUAAAAGAAAACUCACCUGUAGCACUGGAACAAAUCAGCCCAUUUUGGCAUUGAGUAUGAUUCAUACGCUAUGUUCUUAGCAUCUGCUGUUUCUUCCAAAAUAUUAACAAAGAACUAAAAAUGCCCUUUUUAGUUUAAAAAAUUUUAAAAACUCAUAAUGAAUGUAAAAACUAUACUAUAUCUAAAUAUCGGUGAGAAAUUUAAAUGCUUUUUCUAUCAUACAGUAGGUUUAUAAAAUUAAUAGGCAUUUGCUGUUUCAAUAUUCUGUAUAAUGCUUUCAGUAUACAUUGUGCAAUUUCUUGUCUGCAUGAAUGGUUUCUACUUUCAACACAGAACCUACACAUAUUGUGGAUUCUGUUGUAGAUUAGAUCCAAAUCUGAAAUUAUUACCAAUUUAAAAUUUUAUGUUUUUUCAGUUGAGAGUCAUUUCUAUAUAUACUGAAUAAUGUAUAUAUAAAAUGACAAGAGUUUCUGGAAGCACCUGCCAUAUUAACAAUUCGUAUGUAAAGAGUGAUUUGUGAUGUACAGUACAGUACAGUAAGUGAUGGAACAAAUUACUCAACAUAAUAGGAAAUAAUACAGUACAUUAUACUGUAUAUGUUUACUUGGUUUUCUUGAUGUACAGUAAACCCUGUGAAUAGAACCUUUGCUUAAAUAAGUCUGUAUUGUUUUUUUAACAGUUACUGUACAAAGAACAUAGAAAUAUUUAUCUAAUAUUUUAUGCUGUGUUGUUCUAGCCUGUAGGCUAUAGUCAAGGCAUUCAUAGAAAUAAUAUUAUAGCAUUAUUGGAGCUUAAGUAUAUUUGUAUUCACUUUAAAUAUUUCAGUAGUACAAUACUGUGUUAAAUGUGUAACAUUCUUAUGAUGAAAGUAUUUAAAUUGUUAUGAUGAAAAAUUAAAUUGCCCUAUCUUG